GCUGAAAUGGCUGUAUCCGCUGCUUGCUGUGACGAUCUACUGGUGGUUAGUGUGGCACCCCAUCAAGUGUAUGGGCCUCGCGAUAACUUAUUUUUGCCAAACAUGCUUGAGGCAGCCGGAACGGGCAAGCUGCGCAUUUUUGGCCAAGGAAAAAAUCGCAUCUGCUUCACACAUGUGGACAACUACGCGCAUGCCCUUAUAAUUGCGGAGCGACAGCUCUUCAAGGGCUCACCCGUGCUGGGCAAGUUCUACAUUGUGACGGACGGCAGAACGCACCCCGAACCGGAUGCGUAUUGCAUUUUUUGGAAGGAGCUGAACAAAGCUGUGGUGGCCAUGGGGUUUUCUUCUAUUGAGGAGAAGAUGCACUAUAGCUUCUGGUUCCUGUACAUUGUGGCAAUUUUCGCCGAGGCACUGGGAUGGUUGUUGGGCCGUGUCUUCAAACUGAACGUAUUUAAUGUGUUUGUCUUGACAAUGCAUCGAUGGUUUCGUAUAACCGCAGCAGAGAAGGAUUUGGAGUACCAGCCGAUUAUUCCGUUUGUUGAGGGCUGGGCCGACACCAUUCUCUGGUUCAAGGAGCAUUGGCUUCCCACCUUUGAACAAAAAGACCGCUCAUGGUUUGGGCUCGCAAGGCGCUCACAGCAGAAGAUUGACAUCCAGGCAAGGAAGACAAGGUGA